AAGGCUAUUCAGGGCGUUCUGGACCCGGACUCUCCGAAGGCGCGGCGCGAGAAGCGCGUCCUCCGGUUCUGGCUGCCCCCUAUCGAGGGCGCCGCAGCCGUCAGCAUCAUCCUCGCGUUCGCCUGGCAGAAGGCCGUCCGGACAUGGCCUUCCUUCAUGGUGACGUUCAUCCUCUGGUCGAGUUUUGCUUUCACCAUGGCCGCCGGCGUUCUGCUGCUCUGCUUCUCCCUCCCCGCCACCGCCGGCAUCGGCGUCGCCCUCAUCCUCUUCUCCAUCGGCACCGGCCUCUACGCCUGCUGGGUUACCCGCCGCAUCCCCUUCACCGCCAGGGUCUUCUCCCGCGCGCUCCUCCCCGCCGCCAAGUUCGAGGACCUCAACGGCCCGGCGUACCUCAUGGUCGGAUUGGGCUUCCUCUGGAUCUCGGUCUGGUGCCUGGGCGUGAUCGGCGCGCUGAAUUUCUACUACCCGGCGCUGACGAUCAUCGCGCUCGUUCUGAGCCUGAUGUGGACUGCGGAGGUGAUGCGGAACGUGACGAACCUGACGGUGAGCCGGGUGGUGGCGCUCUACUACCUGCGGGGGAUGCAGUCCAGCACGCAGUUCAGCUUCCAGCGGGCCGUGUCGCGGAACCUCGGCAGCGCCUGCCUCGGGUCGCUCUUCGUGCCGACCAUCGAGGCGCUCCGCAUCCUGGCCCGGGGGCUCAACCUGCUGGAGGGGGAGGACGAAUUCAUGUUCUCCUGCGCCCACUGCUGCCUCCACGUUAUGGAGUCCGUCUUUCGCUACGGCAACAGCUGGGCCUUCGUCCAUAUCGCGGCGUAUGGGAGGGGUUUCGUGGCGGCAUCGCAGAGCACGUGGGGGCUGUUCGAGAGGCAGGGGAUGGAGGAGCUGGUGGACUCGGACAUCACCAGCUCCGUCUGCUUCCUCACCGGUGUCUGCAGCGGCGCCAUCUGCACCAUCUUCGCUGCCUCCUGGACCUUCGCCACGCACAAGCACUACACCGCCACCGCCUCCCUCCUCGCCUUCUUCGUGGGCUAUCUCAUGACGAGGAUAGGGAUGGCGCUGCCGCAGGCGUGCGUGGCGUGCUACUAUGUGUGCUUCGCGGAGAACCCAAGCCCUCGGCUGUUCGAUUCCACCAUCCCCGACCGCCUCGUCACUAUCCGCACCGGCCGGGAGGCCAUGGUGACCACCCCUCGCUUCCCUCGCCGCAUUUCUACCGCCUAAGAUUUUUCUAUAUCAUCGUACGCUGUUUGAUCUCGGCUGCAAAGAAGGAAAGAAAGAAAGAAGAAACCAAGAAAGAGGACUGCUUCGCGGUGUGUCCGCCGCUGCAGCCAUCGACCAUCUAAGCUGACGUGACGGAGCCGGUCCGCACAAUAAUGUAUCCUGGGAACGGGAGGUUCCAGACUGCCCCGCACGCAACUUCCUGGGCUCGGACGGUCUGACCGGGAAUUGACCGUCAAAGACGAGCGGCAGCGGAUUUCUAUCGCAUCGGUGAAAAGUCUUCUCCUGCCUGUCGCUGUUUUUUUUGUUUACAAUGAAAAGGUUCGAGUUUUGUGACAUUGUGAUGUUAAGGCGCGUGUAUUAGCCGUUGUUGUAAAGAUGUAAAGAAAUGGUUUAGAUUUUGGCAGUUCAUUCCGCCACUGUAACAUAUUUUAUUUUAAUAAAUGAUAAAAUUUAUGCGUA